UGUGGGACAAUAGUCAGGAUGGAGUUGUUUGACUUCCAACUGGGAAACCUCAUGUCCAUAAUAAGUCUCAUAUACAAUAGCACAGACAGACCCUGACAAUGGCAGAUAUAAGGGAGGAGCUGGGGAUAUAAAAGGACACAAUCCUCCCAGUAUCUUCAUUGGUGUCCAUGGAAUAGACAGAAGGGGGAAUUAGAGAAAUAGCAGAUUUCUGGGGAGAGUCUUUGCUGAGGACGUACCAGGGGGAAGAAAAAAAGAGCCGGACAGGAAGGAAUCUUUAUCCUGACACUGAUGCCCUAGUCGUGGAACUGGAGAGAAUAAGGAUUUAUCCAGAGGAAGAUUUUCGCAGUCCCAGAGACCUUCCGGAUCCAAGAGAAAAUAAUGAUGCAUCUUAUCAGGAACUGGCCAGAGAAAGAGAAGCAGAACCUCAAUGGAUCUGAGAUGUCCAGGAUGAAGAAGAUCAUAGAAGUUGGAAGUGAACGUGAAAAUAUUUGGGGGAACUUUAGCCAAACGGAAACUCACAUGGAAUCUGACAGAACCCCCAACCAGAAUUAUAGGUCUCCGAUGCCUCAGGAAUAUUGUGAUGAUGGGAAAUUGUUUGCUCAACGAAGAGAAAAGCUUCAUAAUACGAAUGUGCAAGUUAUCCGAAUGCCCAAUAUUGCAAAACAACCUAAAUUUAAUCGGGAAAUCAGAGGUGAUUCACCAAAACGUAAAAAGGCAACGUCAUCUGAAAAAUCACAUGUCGCCAACAUUAGUCACCAAGGCACGAAAAUAAAUAAAUUCUCUAAAGCCCAAAGUGCUGUGAAACCUUUUAUCUGCCCAAUAUGUAAGAGAAGAUUUUGUAACGCCAGGAACCUUCUCACCCACCAGAGAAUUCACACGGGGAGAAGGUUUGUCUGUUCUAAAUGUGGGAAAUGUUUCUCUAACAAGAAGAUCCUCAUAGCUCACAAAUAUGUUCAUACUGGGAGGAAACCAUUCAUCUGCACUAAAUGUAACAAGGGCUUCUUAUGGAACAGGGACCUUCAGAAACAUGAAAAGAGCCAUAAAGAAAUGAGAAACAAAAGUCUGGGCUUGGUUCACAGGCACGAUAAGCUGAGAGAAGUUAGUACUGACCCUUGUAAAAGAGAGAAGUCUUUUGACUGUACAGAGUGUGGUAAAAGCUUUAAGAGAAAGUCUAAACUGAAGACUCAUUUUCUGUGCCACACGGGUGAGAAGCCAUUUGUCUGUGUUCACUGUGGGAAAGGUUUCAGAGAUAACUAUAAACUCAGUCUUCAUCUAAGGAUUCACACAGGAGAGAAUCUUUCUGUCUGUCCUGAUUGUGGGAAAAGCUACACCGAUAAGAAUAAACUCAUUGUUCAUAUGAGGAUUCACACGGGAGAAAAAUUCAUGUGCUCUGAGUGUGGAAAAGGAUUCAGUGAUUUCUACAAUCUCAAAUCUCACCUUCAGAUUCACACGGGCGAGAAACCAUUUGUCUGUCCUGAGUGUGGGAAAAGCUUCCUGAGAAAGUAUGAAUUCAAAUCUCACCUUCUAAUUCACACAGGGAAGUACCCGUUUAUCUGCAGUGAGUGUGGGAAGAGUUUCAUGGAUAAGCGUUACCUGAAGAUUCAUUCUAAUGUACAUUCAGGAAACACUUUCCCCUGUACGGAGUGUGGCAAAUCCUUUGCAGCAAAGAAGAACCUGAAAAGACACCAAAAGAUCCACACUGGGGAGAAGCCACAUGAGUGCACAGAAUGUGGGAAACAAUUCCUGGAAAAAAAUAAACUGGAUAGACAUCAUCUAAGUCAUACUGGGGUAAAACCAUUCAGCUGCUUUGAGUGUGGAAAACAGUUCACAUGGAAACACCAGUUCCAGAAUCACCAACGGAGUCACACUGGGGAGAAACCAUUUGUCUGUAGUGAGUGUGGGAAGAGCUACAAGACCAAGGCUUCACUUACUGUGCACUGUCAUAUUCACACAGGGGAGAAACCAUUUGUAUGCCCUGAGUGUGGGAAAUCAUAUAGGAGCCAUGGUGCACUGAGGUACCAUCUUCAGGCUCACAUUAAAGGAAAGUAUUUUGCUCAUUCAGAACAUGGGGAAAGCUACAAAUUGGAGAUAAAUGGGUAGAACACAACAUCUACUUGUGCAUGAGGAGACACCUUUGGAAGGGAGGUUACACACCUCUGAAAAACAUUGUGUGCUGGUGUUUGGCAUGACUUCAUUAGAAAUAAUUGGGCCCCAUUCUAAUUAGUUGACACAGCCCAACUCAUAAAGAACUAGGUGUUUGACCCACUGCCUAUCUAGGGCCCCUGGGUGGUCUGUAUAAUUGGGACCCAUUCCUCCACUUUCUGAAGUCCACAAAUUAGGUCUAUCUUGGCCUCCCAUUGCAACAGAGUCUUUGAGACACAUCUACCUACUCCUCUGAGGGUUGCCCUGGACACUUGUGAUGCCAAGAAGGGACUUUUGGCCAAAGCAACCCAGUUAUCCCACCUGACCUCCUCAGUGGCUGCCAUAUGCAUUGCAUUUGUUGUUUAACUGGAUGGGAAGCCAAGACAAACUAAUAAGUAGGUUCUUCUGAGAGAACCACAAAUGCCCUAAAAGUGUUUUGACAAAUCAAAUUACUUAUUCUUUGUUUUAUUAUCCAUGAAUAAAUACAAAUACUUAAAAGAGCAAUACAUAGAGAAACAUAGGGGUACAUUUAAUUAGUGCUGAAGGGUUGUUAUUCUGUAUAGUGUAUAUUGUCAGUAACCAGUCGGCUUUGUAAGUUUUCUACACUUUGUGUUGCAAAAUGAAAGAAAUGUAAUUUUAUCAUUCCCUGUCUUUUAUAAGGAACUUCUGAAAUAAACACAGGCCUGGUUUUUAAUUCUA